AAAUAAAAAACCCACGACUCGAGAUUUAGAAAAGAGUUCAGCUUUUGCGGUAGAGGGGGGAUCGAGACAAAAGAAGAGGAAAAAGAAAGAACUCAAAGAGCCAUCCACGAGGAAGUGGACUGCAUGUGCAUGGUGGACACGGACAUAGCAAAAUCUCCACGAGCUAGCUAUAACUACAAAAUGUGUGUGCGCAGCACAUCUGGCUUGUGAAAUGAUGAUAUUCGGAGAUUUCGGAGUUCAGAGUUGCCAGCUGAGUCACCAAGUGCGGAGUCACCACUUGCCAGCACGGAAACUAACGUCACAAUCACUUAAGUAUUGCAGGUUGUGAACUCGUAACUCUCGCAAGUAAUUAUCGUGUAUACGAAUAACAUUCAGUCGUGAUUCGUUAAUUGUUGUGUACUUACCUACUUGUGUAUACGCAUAACAGUAUUUUGUUUUUCAACUCAGCUGACAAAACAUCAUAAGUAUAUUGGACUUGCUAAUGGUGGCGUUUCGCUCUGCCGUUGGCUUGGGAAAGUGCAUUGUAUGGCGAUCUGACAGGAGACGCUGGUCUUUUUGGAACAACGACAAGGGGACGUGUAUUUAAAUCAGGAGAGUAGCUUUGAUUUUAAAAAAACGAGAACACUGAACAAAAUGAAUAUAGUCAAAGAAAGGCCUUUCAAGGAAAGACGCUCUUUUGAUCAACGAGUCGCUGAUGUUCAACAGAUCAGAGAAAAGCAUCCCAACAAAGUACCCAUCAUUGUUGAACGAUAUUCUGUGGAAAAGCAACUGCCAUUGCUUGACAAAACUAAGUAUUUGGUACCUGAUCAUUUGUCAGUUGCAGAACUCAUUAAAAUAAUUAGGAGGCGGCUACAACUUUCUCCGACACAGGCUUUUUUUCUUCUGGUAAAUCAGAGGAGCUUAAUCAGCGGAAGCACAACAAUGGCUCAGCUCUACCAGCGUGAAAAAGACGAGGAUGGAUUUUUGUACAUGGUAUUCGCGAGCCAAGAAGUCUUUGGUUAGUGAUCAAAAUUUAGCAUGUAGGUUAAAAUUCUCUCAUUACAUAUAAGUUUUCUUGGGUGAAGAUGCGAGGCAAUCUAUAAAUAUUUCGUCUUAAAUAGUAAUGUCGAUAAUUUACGAAAAAGGCAUCUCAAAUUUACUUAACAUUAUAAAAAAAGUUUAUACGUAUACAAUAUAAUAUAUAAUAUAUUCUUUUUUUUUUCAAAGAGUAUAGUACCAUUAGACUUAAAUGUACAAUAAAAAAAAAUGUAACUCUAAGAGAUCACCAUUUCAUAUGUCUUCAACUUUAUUUGUUAAUUUUGUAUUUAUGUAAUUAUUAUUCUGUACUAUUAAGCAAAAGACAUGUGCAAUGCUCUAAUUACAAACGGAGACACUUCUUUUAUUCUACACAGAGACAAGACCCUGAGUAUUUCUUCAGUCUUGCCCUUUCUUUCAAGAAUAUGUGUACUCUGAUUCAUCUGUAUUAAAUGACCUGUAGUUGAUUGGCUGUGUGUAUUAUUCUAAAAUAGUUAAGUAAAUGUACUAGCAACUUUAUUUACAAAAUACAUUAACAAAUAUGUCUUUUGUAA